AUGAAUGAGGUUCCACCGGAUGUUUACCAGAGUCUAGAGCAAACCUCUCUCGACUCAUCGGAGAAGAGAAGAUUAUCACACCUCAAAUUCCAGAUCAACAGCCCAAGUCAAGUACUCAUGAACGUGCAACCGACCAGUGCCAAGCCCAUCACAGGCACUUCUUUGCACUUUAUGCUUCUUAAAUCGUUAUCGCAAGUUCUGUUAUUUGACGCAUAUAUCGGCUACAGCACCUACGCGAUCCAGGCCUUGAGGAAUCUCAAUGCUGGAAUCAACAGUGGUUGUCAAACACCCAAGGUUGAUUUGAGCAACGCGUAUUCUGGAGCUAGAGGAACUCUCGAAAAUUGGGAGCAAUAA